GACAGGUUCAUUCAUACACACACGUACAUUCUUCCUCACACACACAAACUCGUCCACACACAAACACACAUUCACACAAAUGGACUCCAUGCUGUUGAAUCUCCCACACGACACCUGAUCUCGAAGAGUUGCGGUAGAUGAGGACGAUGAGGAUGACUGUGAUGAAGACGAUGAGGAGUGUGUUGCUGCUCUCUCUGCUCUCUGUGGCCAGUGCUGACCAGCUCACGCCAGAACUGCAGCACCCCCACUUACUGACACGCCUCUCAGCAGCAGGACGAGAGUGUGUUAUUGGGGAGAUUAAGAGAGCUCUGCUGGGGGUCAAACAGUUGGGAGAGACGCUGGAGACACAACAACACACACACCUGCAGCUCAUGGAAACUCUCACACACUGCUACAACAAGAAGAGGGGUGCGGAACAGCUGGCUCAGGAGGCUGGGCUAUGAAGCUGCAGAGA